CCCAAACGCUAUCACGUGAUCACGUCUACAUGCCCGCCCACUGACGAUGGAACUCCCCUUGAAACUAACCUCACUUGAGUGCAAUGCUUCCACUCUAUAUCGGGGCGAUACGUCCGAGUGAGAGAGAGAAGGAGAACCUGGACACACCAGACCACCACUACGGGCCGGUCUCACCUGUGUGCAACUUUCCGCCAAGCUAGUCCACCUAACCAGUCCACUUCAGCGACCCAUGUUGGACGGAUCGACCGCACGAAUGCCCACAUGAAUUACUUAAACGGACGACAGUUAACAUUCCGUAGUACCUGGGAAUUGACACUUUUAAUUGCUCGCUGCGGACUAUCGGACCAUACCAACCUUCGGAUUUAGAUUUUGGACACCUAUUGCAAAGUUAUACAAAUUCACAAAUUCGAGUCGAUAUAAAUCUUAUGUGACGUUCCAGUGCACACCUGUGACCACGACUCUCGUUUGAAGAUUCGAUACCUAGUUAUACCUGUGACUUCAUGUGAACAUUGUUUUACUUCGAGAUCUUAUCGAGUACUAGCUGAUGUUGUGUUCAUCAAGAAUUUGCUUAAAUGGACAAACCUUGUUCACGGUUCUGUGGUAUUGAUAUGAAACGAAAAACUUGUAAAUACAACAUUGUUCGACGUUGUACGUGCAAUGUUGAAGUGAUCCAUUGAGGAAACGGUGCACGAUUCUCAACGAGAUGUAGAUCGCUUCUCUUGCUGCUCAUUUUGUUUUGGAUAUUACACGUCAAAGUUGCCAAGAGAGCAAAACGAUAUUAGACGGUGAAUGGUCAAUUGAUGCAUUCGUCUCUCCGUUACGAGGAUGAUGAUGAUGGACAUGGGCAUGUACGGGACCUACGGCAAGCCUGACUCAUACCCUAACUACGUGUUCUCGGGUCAAGGAAAUCAUCACCAUCAUCAUCAUCAUCAUCACCAGCCAUCAUCCGUUGGCGGUCACGUGUCGGUGCCUGCCUCCCCGGAGAUAGCUCCAACUCAUUACUACCCCCAGACUGCAGUGGCGCCGUAUUCUUCGUCGUCCUCGGAAAGUUUUCUAACCGCCGAGUCGGGCGCGUCGUCCAGCACGCCACCGCAAGGCUUCUAUUCUCCGACGGGCGCCGUUCUCCACGAGGAUGGCUCCACCACAGCAAUAAUCUCCUCGGAGAACGGUCUAAGUUACACGAAUCUAGAUUACGCGUCGUCCUCGUCGUACUCGAAUCAACAGCAACAUGCGGUAACUUCGGUUGAUCCGCAUCAGAACUACCAUGUUCAGCAGUCUGCCUACCGGGAGGAUCACCAUCAUCAUCACCAUCAUCACCAUCCACCGCCAGCUGCCACUAACCUCCAUCAAACCACAGUACCUCAAGCUAGUCACCCAAGAGCGGAGCACGAUCAGCAACUUCAUCAUCAGUCCUCUAGUCAUCACCAUCACCACCAUCAUCACGACCCCGAUUACCAAAUAACCGUUGGCGGAACCUCGAACUAUCUCCAUCAGUUGUCACCAUCGGACGAGUCCUUGCAGUACCACACGCAGAUUCGGCAGAGCGAGUUUUCCGCGCAUCAGUCAGGACAUUAUAAAGAGGAGAGUACGGACGCAACGACCUAUCACGUUUUACAGCAGUCUGGCCAUUCCCAGCACCCACAUCAGCAUGGACAUCAUCAUCAGCAACAUUCACAUACGCACCAUCCGCAACAGCAACAACAGCAGACGCAAGUGCCCACUUACAAAUGGAUGCAGGUCAAGCGCAACGUACCCAAACCAGUCGCGACGAAAACAAACCCCAACGUCGAGUUCGGUGGCGGCGCAACCGCGGGGACAAGCUCGUCGGUGUACGCAACCACCGCAAGUGGAACAGUGAAUUGCAUCGUCGGCUCGUUGGCUGGAAUUCCAGGUAGCUUCAACAACACCGGUCGUACGAAUUUCACGAAUAAGCAACUCACCGAGCUGGAGAAGGAGUUCCAUUUCAAUAAGUACCUGACCCGAGCGAGACGCAUUGAAAUCGCGUCCGCGCUGCAGCUCAACGAGACGCAGGUAAAGAUCUGGUUCCAGAAUAGGCGAAUGAAACAGAAAAAGCGUAUGAAAGAGGGUCUGAUACCAGCGGAUAGCACAAACGUGACGCCUUUGAGCGGUGCCAGAAGCAGCAGCAAUUCCCCGACAGGCUCAUCCAGCCACGAGAUUGGUAGCCUCGGUUUGUCCAAUUUCACCAGCGAUAACAGCAGGGAAUCCCCGCCGUCUUCCAAGGAUUGACGCGACUUUUCUUACGGCAACAACAGACAUUAUGGUUUACGAUUCGACGACUGGUAGGCUCCACGCGUAUGGAAGACCGAAGAUUCAGUACGGAUCAUAACAGCUUACCUUACCGCAGCCACGAAGAACUCUCGAAUCCGCUAUUUUUCAGGCUGCAUCGUGAAUGUAAUACCUUGAAGUUAAAAUGAGUAAUGUCAUUCUGUGCUUGGAAGUAGAUAACUAUGCGGUAUACAUAGGGAAUAUCUAUCUUCCUAUUUCUAAACUGUAGAACGUGACAUCGAUCGCUCUAAUUCCACCAUAUCGCACGGAUUAAAAAGUGGCAUGUAGUUUCGAUAACGUUUAAUACGAUUUUACAUCGUAAUAUUACAUUCUGGGAUGUUAAUGAUUUUCCGUCCUGAAUUUCCUUCGAUUAGUGCUAAGAGAUUCAGAUAGAUCGUGUACAUUGAUUUCGUGUAUUAUUUAUUCUGCUCUCACGUUGCUUUAAUUUUCAGUAUGACUUGUGUGAAAGUGUAUAAAUUUAAAUUCAGUUUCUACCCCAAAUUCCAAGGUUACCAUAUACCUCAGA